UGUCCGGCGGCCUGCCGCCACUGGUGGAGCGGGGAGGAUGAGCACGGCGGGACCGCGCGGCGGCACCACAAGCAGCGACAGCGACACCGCGAGCGGCAGCGGCCGGGCCUGAGCCGAGGAGAAGCGUAGGCAGCCCGGGCUGCGGAGCGGGGCAUGGCGCUGCCGGGGGAGCGCGGCGCGGAGCCUCAGCCCGGCGCCUCCCGCUCCUCCGCCGCCGCCGACGAGGAGGAGGACGGCGGGGCCGGCGGGCAGCCGGAGGCACUGUCGCUGGAGGAGAUCCUCCGGCUCUACAACCAGCCCAUCAACGAGGAGCAGGCGUGGGCCGUCUGCUACCAGUGCUGCGCCUGGCUGCGGGCCCGCCGCCGGGAGAGCCCCGCGGGCAGGCUGGGGGCGGCCGCCCACCUCCGCGUGUGGCGGGACGGGGCCGUCACCCUGCAGCAGGCCGAGCCCCUCCGCGCGCCGCCCGCCGCAGAUAAAUCGGAGCAUUUACACUGCACAGAAAUGGAGGUAAUUGAAUCCCUAGGGAUUAUUAUAUACAAAGCCUUGGACUAUGGCUUGAAGGACAAUGAAGAGCGGGAAUUAAGUCCUCCAUUGGAGCAGCUGAUAGAUCACAUGACCAACACCACAGAAACCGAUGGGAGUCGAGAUGAGGGGUACGAUGCGCUGGAUGAGGGGGUGGAGGAUGAUGACGAUGAUGACAAAGAAGAAGUUGAGGCUAUUCAUUCCUAUAAGGACGUCAUGAAGCUGUGUGCCGCCCACCUGCCAACCCGAUCAGAGGCACCGAACCACUAUCAAGCAGUGUGCCGAGCUCUGUUUGCUGAAACAAUGGAGCUGUACACUUUCUUGGCCAAAAUUAAAAGUGCAAAAGAGAAUCUGAAGAAGAUUCAAGAAAUGGAUAAAGAGACAAGUGAUGAAUCCAGCACAGAUCUUGAUGAAUUAAAGAAUGCUGACUGGGCUCGUUUUUGGGUACAGGUGAUGCGGGAUUUACGAAACGGUGUCAAACUCAAGAAAGUCCAAGAGCGUCAAUACAACCCACUCCCCAUAGAAUAUCAGCUCACACCAUAUGAAAUGCUGAUGGAUGAUAUUAGAUCCAAACGAUAUACCUUAAGAAAGGUCAUGGUCAACGGUGACAUUCCACCUCGAUUAAAAAAGAGUGCCCAUGAAAUAAUCCUGGAUUUCAUCCGAUCACGACCUCCAUUAAAUCCUGCCUCUGCAAGAAAACUGAAACCAACCCCACCACGGCCACGCAGCCUUCAUGAGAGGAUACUGGAGGAAAUCAAGGCUGAGAGGAAGCUGCGUCCAGUCUCACCAGAUGAGAUAAGGCGUAGCAGGCUGGCAAUGCGGCCACUUAGCAUGUCUUACAGUUUUGACUUGUCAGAUGUCUCUGCACCAGAGGCUGGAAGGAAGUCAGAGGAUGGCUCUGUAGCAAAUGGCAGCCUGGCAUCACGGGGGAAGCAGAACGGGGCCACGCAAGUGACAGUGCAGCGGAAGAGACUCCUGAAGGCUCCCACAUUGGCUGAACUUGACAGCUCAGAUUCGGAGGAGGAAUCAGUGCACAAAUCAACAAGUAGCAGCAGCAUCUCCCCCUCACAAGUGGAAGACCCCUCGCAGGAAGGUACCAGCAGAAAGACACCUCCAAAGUUCUUGCCUAUAUCAUCUACACCACAGCCAGAGAGACGGCAGCCACCUCAGAGACGACACUCCAUUGAAAAGGAAACUCCAACCAAUGUCAGACAGUUUCUACCACCUUCAAAACAGAGCUCCAGAUCACUUGUUCCUAGGAUAAGGAGUUUAUUUCCAAGGAUGACUUUCAGACCACUUUUUUCAACUAUGCAAACAGCUUCUCUGCUCAGCUCUCAUCCCAUUGAAGCAGCCAUGUGUGGGGUGGCAGGGGCUAUGUACUAUCUCUGUGAGAGAGCUUUUGCCAGCAGGUGGAAACCCGCAAAGGAGGAGUUUUGUUACCCAGUGGAGUGUCUGGCUCUGACGGUGGAGGAAGUCAUGCACAUCCGUCAGGUGCUGGUGAAGGCAGAGCUGGAAAAGUACCAGCAGUAUAAAGAUGUCUACACUGCUCUGAAGAAAGGAAAGCUCUGCUUUUGCUGUCGGACAAGAAGGUUUUCUUUCUUUACCUGGUCUUACACCUGUCAGUUCUGUAAAAGGCCUGUAUGCUCACAGUGCUGCAAAAAGAUGCGAUUGCCAUCAAAGCCAUAUUCCACUCUCCCCAUCUUCUCACUGGGACCUUCCACCUUGCAGCGAGGAGAAAGCUUCAUGAGGCCAGAGAAGCCCUCCACCAGCCACCACCGGUCACUGCGGAGCAUGCCCAGGUUGGCCUCAAGGUCCAAAUCUGUGGAUAAGUCACACGAAGAGCUGCAGUUUCCCAAAGAGUUAAUGGAGGACUGGAGCACGAUGGAGGUGUGCGUGGACUGUAAGAAGUUCAUUUCAGAAAUCAUCAAUUCGAGCCGGCGCAGCCUGUCCCUGGCCAACAAGCGAGCCAGGUUAAAAAGGAAGACACAGUCCUUCUAUAUGUCAUCUCCAGGAACCUCUGACUACCGCCCCUCUGAGAGAACUAUCAAUGAGAUCUGAGCCUUGUGCCUUUUUCUUUGCUUUUGUCUUCAUGAGGUCAUCGUCUGUAGGAGAGGUCACCAAAACAGGGUUGUUCUUCCAUUGCUUCAUUUCACUCGACUGGCUUGGAUCUGCAUUCAGUCACAGAGUUUCCUACCGCCAUGUUUUCCAGAGAUGCAGAAGCUGUGUUUUUAUCUGGACAGAAUGACAUGCAGCAGGUCAGCUGCUUGCACUGGGAGAAAAUCAACAAUUUGCAAUCGUUGCCUCUUUUGUAUGCGUGCAUUGAAACUAGAAAGCUUUUUCUUGCUUUCAGUCUUUUUUUUUUAACCAUUCUUUGAAUCAUUCUCUGGAGUUGAGCUAAAAUGUGUGCUUAACGGAGAACCCGAUCUAACAAAGUCAGUGCUAGUGCAGUAGCAAGCAGUAAGUCAUAUUGGCAUUACCAAGCUAGCAAUGCUCACAUCCUGCUUUCAGAGCUCACCAGGCACUGGUGUGAGUGGCUGUGCUCCGAGCAGUCCUUCUUUGAACCAUUUCUGUUGCUCCGAGGUCAGAGUCCAACAUGGGACUGCGGUGUCUGGGCCCUGGGGCAGAAGGUGUGACAGAGCUGCUCAUCAUGGGGUUGGUGCUCUUUGAGGCCUCAGUGCUGCCCUGGGUGUCUCUGGGCAGGCUCCAGGGGUGUACUGCCUACUUGAAUGUAUGAUGCCAGGUACUGGUGGUAGUGAAUUCUGGUGGUAGGAAGAGCUGUACAGCAGAUGGGAAGGAUGGGAAGCAAGAGAGGCUCCUGGUGCUACUGGAGCACCUGUAGCAUUGUUCCUUGGGUCGCUCAGGGGACAGGAGGGCAGAUGUGUGCAUCUUAGCAGGCACAAAUUCCACUACGGCUCUGCUGGCAGUGUGCCCACUGAGAGCCCCAUUUUUGCUGGGGCCGUAAGUUGGUUGCAGGGACCCAUGUUUUGCUGAGAUUUUGGGUGACGCUGUCCCAGAUUGGGAGCAAUCUCUCAUUUCCCCUCCUUGAUUCAUUCUUUUUCCUUCUUUGCUUUGCCCAUGGAAGAACACCAGGCCACUGGGUGAGAUGUUCCAACAGGGCUACACCGUUAGCUGACACCAUCGCAUGCUUUUUUGCACUUUUUUUUUUUUUUUUUUAAGUUGAAAUACUUUUUUUUUAAUGCAGGCUUGACCAGAGUUUAAUCUAUAAUUUGGGUCUGGAUCAUUCUGGUGUUUAAAACUAACAUAGUCAAGUUGUUAAUACUUGAAAAUCAACUACUGUAACUUUUUCAUACAUUUUUUAAUACCCUGAGGCAUAUUUAAUAUCUCUAUAGCAGUGUAUUAUAGGAGGACAUAGCAGAAAAGUUUCAGAUCUAUUUAUUAACAUUUCUACACUAAGGAUUAAUCAUGAGUGAUACCUCAGAGCUGCACGGAGCAGCGGGGCUGGAUCGGCCCUGUGGAUUCCAGCAAUGUGUCUGUCCCACACGGACCUCAUGCUGGCAGAGCCUGGGGAGGGCCUGCACCACCAUCUGUACCAUUUGUACGUUGAUUUGAAAAGCACACAAAAAGGCUCCCUACACCUCUGCACAGACUCACCCACCCGUAUUUUUCUUUCAUUGUCACCCUGGGAAAUGAGAGUUUUGCAGAUGGAGAGCAGUGGCAUGAGGUGAGCUAUGGGCAGGCAGGCAGGAGGCCAGGGCUGCCUAAAGCCACUGCUGUUAGGAGGGCCCCUCAUCUCAGUCACAUCUGCACUUUUUCUCAUUCCUGUGCCAAAAGCAGGCCCCGUAUUCGCUGCAUUGUGCAUCAGGAAAACUAGGCUGAGAGUGAACGCAUGAACUCUCGCUCUGAAUUUCCCCUGCUGCUAUUCUGAUCAUUCUCCUGGAAAUGCCCUGGCCACACACUCUGCUUGCUCCAACUCCACUCCCCCAUGGCACCGCAGGCUGCUCAGGGCUGGGCGCCCCGCAUGCCCUUUUCCCCUUUUACAGGGCGUGGGGCAAAAGAGCUGGCAGCACCUGGCAGCUGCCAGGCCUCAGCCCCCCCCCCCAGCACCGGCCCUGGGCACCGCACAGCUUCUGUGGGCCCAGCACCAUGUUGGUAUUGGGGUGAAGCUUGUAAAUAUGUGUAAUAUAUUUAUUGAUAUUUAGGAAGUCUCCAUCAGUCAUGCAACGGGAAUUAACUUUCCACAAAGUUUAAAAACAAAAACUAUUUAUACACGUGUUGGCUGUUACCUUCGUUAGAGUUAAUGCUUUCAGCCCCUCCGACAGUCUGCGCUCUGUAGGCAUUUUAGAGUGAAUUACUGCUGAGCGUGGGGCAGCACGGUCAGCUCCUCCCAGCAGUUUUUAAAAUCUUAUUUUUGUAGCUUUGUUACGAUGCCCGAGCUCUGUCCGAACGUACCAUGGGGGCCCACGGAGCUGAAUGGCACACAGCUGUGCAGCACUGGGGCUGGUGCUGCCGCUGCUGCAAUGGCGAGCGGGGCUUGGCUGCGGUGCUCCCAUGCACUACGCCUGACCUUGCAAAUGCUCUUGUGACCAUGUCAUUUCUGGGGACGGUUGGUGGGCUUAUUUCUCCUUUCCCCGUUAUUUCCUUUAUAGUGGGAGGGGUGGUACUGGGUGAAAAUAAAAUGCCUUUCCAUUACAGUCUUUAUCUGUGCUAAUUCUUCAUGAGGGAGCAAAUGUCAAAGUUUCUGUCUUCUUUGUUGUACUUUACAGUUUUGUGAAGAACAGGUAACCUUUUCCUCAGGCGAGGGCUUGUUGAUGAAAACAGCUGAACGCCAUUGGAACCGCGGCUGGGAACUAGGGGAAAACACUUGAUGGCCCAUGAGAACAGCACUGACUGCCCAUGCAGCCAGGCAACAGGGCAAGUCGCAGCCAGUCACUGCACAUGACACCUCCCUGUGUUACUGCUCACUGAGGCAGCCAGCAGAUGCAAUCAAAGUGCAGACAGAGAGCAACCACACACCGCUGAGCAGUGAGACAGUGGCUCCCUCUGAGCUCUAGGAAGCCCCAGCCUUGUCCAAGCGUUCCUGAGCACGGAAUAACUGAUGGUAUUUCUGAAGACAGCUCUGAACACUGACAGCCUGUUUUGUAUUGCAGGAGUACACCCAGAAGGUAUAACCAAGGCUGUCAUUUAUUUUAGAUAGAUAGAGAGUACCAUGGCAUACAGAGACACGCUGCAGACUCCUGGCCGUCAUAGCUCACUAUCUAAGGAGAUAUAAAAUGGUAACGGUGCCACCGACUGCUCCACUUGCGGACAUCAGUCACAGGUGUACAAGGACAAGAUAUGAAAUCCCAAAAGAUUUUUGCCCCAAAAGGUAAAUUCCAUCAGUGAUGGAACAUGGAGUGUGAAGCAGCGUGCUUUAGAACCAGCUCUGUAGAGUUGGGCUGAACCCAGAGCUACCAACCCACUAGAGCCCAGGGACAGGACUUACAUGGUCAGGGCAGAAGUGGAAGCUCUGUGUGCAAAUCUCAAUGAGCCAGAAAGCAGAAGAGUAAAACUCUCCACAGAAGCUUACAGAAAAUUAAGAAUCACUUCAUCUGCUACACACAAAUCCCACCUGUACACACUGCCAGCACCAGCAGUCACAGGGAGAACAAGCCCAGGGCUGCAGGAGCAUCACACACCCCAAAGAUGAUGUGAGAAACAGCAGUGCCCUCCCAGCUGCGGAAAGGCUGCCAGGAGCUAGAAUUGACCUCUGGGAGAAAGCAGUCUCCUUCCUCCCCAAAGGGGCUGCCCUCUUCCUUUCAGCUCAGAGCCCAAGACAAGGUGCUGACCCGUGCCAAGGGGGGGGCAGCAGAGAAGGAAACACCAAGCACUUCGCUGUCUAGAUCCUGUAGCAUGACAUGGAGAGAAAUCAGCCCCAAAUCUACAGCAGGGAAAGGAAACAGAAAGGAGAUGCUGCUACACAAGAGAGUAAAGAUUUGCUCUGGAAGAAGGAAGCAAAGUGUGAGGAAAGAAAUUGAUCAAACUGAUGCACAGCUAGUACUGAUCCAAAAAGCACAGCAGCCAAGUUUGGCUCUGGGGACAACAAAGGUGUUUGCAAUGACUCCUGUGAGAUGGCAGAUAGUGCUGGGAGGUGCCAUACGCAAAUCAUUUAUAUUUAAAACAACACUGAGCACGUCUGGUGUAAGAAGCAGCUUUAGAUAAUUCUUCCUCUGAACUAAAUCAAUACAUGAACCUCAAGAAAACUUUUCUGUUGCCUCACAGUUGAGGCUUCAUCAUCUCCCAUAAGCACUAUGGGAAUGCUGCAGAUCAGGUUUACACACACACACACACACACAGUCAUUUCCUGUUCUGCUCAGAACUCUGCCAUCACUGCUCUGCCCUUCCUACCAGAGGUCAGUGGGUGCUGGGACAGCUCCUGCAGUCCUUACACAGGAAGCAGCACCACUCCCUUGAGAAGUGCCACAGCAACAAUGAGCACCAAAGCCAUCCACAGUGCAUCACAGGAAGGAGCUGCUACCAGGUCAGGGUCUAACACCCUGUGCCCAGUUGAGAAAAGCCUGAGGUCCACAGAAGAAGAGCAAUGCAAAUAUUAGCUACUCAAAUAAUUGCUAAUAAUGUAAAUUAAGUUUCUUUAUUAGAACCAUGUCAUUUACCUACACUAUACCUACAUCCGAAUUAAUGUUCACUUUCAAGCUAAACAGAACACAAACUCUGAGAUUUCCCUUAAGUACACAGACGUUUUAAAUUACCAGAUCCAAACAGUGACCAACAUUUCUUUUUUUUUUUUUUUUUUUUUUUUUU